AUGGUGUCGAACAGCGCGGUGGCAACUGAGGCGCGGAAUGCUCCUGCUCCUCAGGGAGAGCUUGACGACCGGGCCAUUGGCGAUGCAGGCGGCCAACUGCAUUCGCGGCAGCGCCUAGAGGUCGUUCCGUCAGACGAGCACGUGCAUCAAAUGACAGGCGAAGGAGACCCUAGUCCAACAUCGACAGAGACUCGGGAUGGACUGCGGCGGACAGGCAGUAAGAUCGCGAAUCUGAGAGCUGCCUUCGAGAAGCAGAUUGACGAUGAUUCGGGUUAUGUGCCGCCCACGGGCACUAUCGGACAGUUGGAGAGGAUGUCAACGAGAAGUAAAGAGCAGGAAGCGGAAGUCGCGAACUUGAAGGAGCGACAUGACAUGGAACUUACGAAAUUGAUUGAGGACCAUGAGCUGGAAAUCGCAAGACUGAAAGAAGAGCAUGAGGCCAACAUGAUCAAGGAAGAGGAGCUGCGGCAGGCAUACGAAGAGAAAUGCACAGGGCUUGAGGACGAGAUCGAGGCAUUCCAGGACAAGCUAGCCAAGCAGGAUGCCGAGUGGCAGCUGGAAAUAGAGAGACAGUGCGACCAUCUGCACCGCGAAAAAGACCAGGCCCAGGAGGGAGCAAGGAAUCUGCAGCGCCAGCUAUCAGAGCUGAAGAAGGGCAUUUCAGCAGCUACGAGAAUAGAACAUCAAACAUCGGACUCUACAUUGGCUCAAGAGUUCUCCAAAUUCUUUCACGAAACACAAAAUUGGAUCGUCAACAACUUUCGCAAGAUGAAGAAGACAGAGGCCGGUGCUGGAGCAAUGUGCGCGCGGCUUUCUCGCAUAGCGGAUGGCAGGCAUGUGGACUACCUAAAGCCUAUCUUCGAGCGCUUUGACACUUCCAUCAGACUGGCAGCCUUCCAAGCCACAGUCGCAUGCUACAUGAUGAAAGUAUUCGACGAUCCGCUACUGUUUGGGAUCCCAACCCAGCCCAAGUGGAGCCAAGGCAUCAGAAUGGCGAUGGAGGCCAUGCCAGAGGUGCUCUCGCCGAUUGCUUUCAACAGAUGGCGCGCAAUGACUGUUGAUGCCCUUCGACAGUGCAAAGGCGAUGAGAUGAAGCAAGCGGUCGAAUCUGCAUCCCAUAGCAUGUCCAAGAACAUAUGCAAUGCUCUGAAUACAUUGACAGAGGCUGAAGAGUCGGAAGCACGGAUUGCUUCACUUGGCGCCAUUCUUAAGCGCGCAAUAUCUUUAGCACAUCUCUUUCGAGUGCAGCGUCCUCGAUAUGACUUUACUCUGCCGCCUCCAGGGGCGAUGUUUGAUCCUCUGGUCAUGGAAGAUGUCUCUGUGGAAGACGACUGCUCCGCGCUGAAUGGCAUUCGUUGUGCAGUCUGGCCAUGUGUCAUCAAGCACGGCGACCAGGAUGGCAACAAGAUGGACAUGUCGAACAUUGUCGUCAAGUCGAGAGUGCUGUGUGGCUGA